AUGGCACCCUUGAGACUCCUCCGGUCCGCCGUCGGACGGCUCAGGACGGCGGCGCCCGCCGGCCGCGCAGCUUUCUCCAGCGCCGCCGCCACGACGGAGGCCAAGGCGACCGUCCGCGAGGGGGUGAUCGCCGCCGCCGCCGCGGCCGUCGCCGGGUCCGGGCUGGGGCUCUGGCUCAUGCCGCCGGCGCUCGCGGACUCCGGGGAGCUGGCCCGCGCCGCCGCGCCCGGGCAGAUCGCCGCGGCCGGGCAGAUCUCGGCGGCCGCCGGCGCCGUCGAGGAGCGGCACGAGAAGCCCAAGAGGUUCCUGCUCGCAGACUCAUACCGCCGAAGGGUGUUCUUCAACUACGAGAAAAGGAUACGGCUUCGCAGCCCUCCUGAAAAGAUUUUUGAGUAUUUCGCGUCUGUGCGAAAACCGGAUGGGGAAAUGUUCAUGUUGCCUGCCGACUUGAUGAGAGCGGUGGUCCCUGUUUUCCCUCCAUCGGAGUCGAACGUCGUGCGGGAAGGGAGGCUAAGGGGGGAACCCAGCCCCGGAGAGUUGCACUGUGCUCCAUCCAAAUUCUUCGUUCUAUUCGACACGAACACCGAUGGUCUCAUCUCGUUUGCCGAGUACAUCUUCUUUGUUACAUUACUCAGCAUUCCUGAGUCAAGCUUCAGUGCGGCCUUCAAAAUGUUCGACGUUGAUCUCAGUGGGGAGAUAGACAAAGAAGAGUUCAAGAAAGUAAUGGCAUUGAUGCGGUCCUAUAACAGACAAGGAGCUGCCCAUAGGCAUGGCUUACGUACAGGAUUUAAAGUUGGCCAGUCUGUGGAAAAUGGUGGGGUGGUUGAGUAUUUCUUUGGUAAUGAUGGGAAUGAACCUUUACACUUUGAUAAGUUCACAAGUUUUUUGAAGGAAUUGCAUGAAGAGAUUAUUCGUCUGGAAUUCAGUCAUUAUGAUGUCAAGUCGACAAACACCAUCCCUGCAAAGGAUUUUGCACUGUCCAUGGUUGCUUCUGCUGACAUGAAUCACAUUAGCAAGCUACUUGAUAGAGCUGAUACGUUGGGCAAUGACCCUUAUCUCAAGAACUUGCGCAUUACCUUUGAGGAGUUCAAGGCAUUUGCUGAUUUACGUCGAAGAUUGGAAUCAUUGACGAUGGCUAUAUUUGCUUAUGGUCAAGUAAAUGGGCUGCUGACAAAGCAGGAUCUGAAGCGUGCAGCUCAGCAUGUCUGUGGUGUUGAAUUAACCGACAGAGUGGUCGACAUCAUUUUCCAUGUGUUUGACAUGAACAAUGAUGGGCACCUGAGCUCAGAGGAGUUUCUGAGAGCACUACAAAGACGAGAAGCCGAUAUUCAUCAGCCAGCGGCACGAGGAGGUCCCAUGGGCUGGCUGAACCCUAAAAACCGCUCUUCGCUUCUGCAGAUGCUGCGCUAG